AUCACAAAAGUCAGAACUGAAUAUGAUGAAAUGAUGUCAAUUCUUUUAUAUAAUAUAGUAUGCUACAAAUUUAAAUUCCCAAGGGCAGAAGAAAUGGAAAGAAUUAAAACUCAAAUAUGAAGAAACUGAGUAGAACAAGAAAUACAAACCAAUUAAGAAGAAGAAGAAGAAAAAAUGAAAACUUUACACAUGCUUAUAACUUAUAAAUUAAUCCUCAUGAAAACAGGAUCAUGUGCCAAAAAACUCUAUCACAAUCCUCAAAAACAGCUUCUUUCCAAUUGAAUUCAUUGCUCUAUAUAUACAACCUCACAAACCCACUUUAAUCUCAUACAACUACGACUUUCAAACUCAAACCACUAAAAAAAACUUCAUUAAAACCCAACCCCAAACUCAUUCAAAUUCCAGGGGGGAAAUGGAAGGGAAAUUAUGUCAUUGGGAUAUGAAGAACAAAGUUAUAUCAAGAACAUCUUCGAUUGGUUAUUCUUCUCAUAGCAUUUAUUACUCUGGAACAGCUGAUCAAGGAGUCCCUUUCAAAUGGGAAACACAACCGGGAACUCCCAAAGAUCCUCCUCCUCAAGAUUUGCUUCCACCUCUCAGCCCUCCGCCUGCCGUUCUCAGCCUUGGGGUACCAAAACCCUACAUCGAUCAACCAAAAUCUCGACCCCUACCUCGGAUGAGACUUAGGUUUUGGAAGAAAAUCAUGAAGAGUAGGGAUGGUGGAAAAGCCGCUGCUCAAACAACAACUAUAGAUCACUAUAACGAUAAGUUGGAAACCUUUUCAUUUCUUAGUUCUGAUUGCGAGUUCAUGGCGUCUCCUAGUCCUCAGAGCUCAAUGUCGUCGUCUUCAACAUCGUCAUCUUCUUCAUCUCCGUCAUCUUUCCUCGAUUCGUUAAAUGUUCGAAAUAUGAGGAAGGUUUCAUUUGGAAGGCCUUCAAGUUGGAAUAAUGCUUGGCAAAUUAAUAAAAUGCUGGCUUGUUACCAUUCCUAAGAUGAUUUUAGUGUGUUCUUAAUUUUAAUAUAUAUGAUAUCAAUUUUAAAUAAAGGAUUUAAAUUAUUUUGAGCUAUAAGCUCAAUGCUAAUUUAUGGGUUUUUGUCUUGUAUAUGUCUUGAUCAAGCAGCUUGAUGAAAUUUAUACAAUGAAAGAAAGAAUAAUCUGUUUUUUCAACUGAGAAUGAAAAAUGGAAAAAAUUAUAAAUCAA